CAAAUUACAUGACAACCUCUACAGACUCGAUCACCUUUAUUGGUAGACGAGUCCUUGCCUCGAGUAUCUGAUACAACUAGAGAUAGUGGCCUGCCUUGGUCCCUCCUGCUCUCCUGAAGAUGGGAACUGCGUCACUUCUUCCUCUUGUCCGCAACCAACAGCGUCCUCCAUGAUUUGCUCCUCAUAUGGGCGAAGUUGUACCCAUUUAUCGACAUGUCGAUUCCCUCGCGGAGAAUUCGUCCGCUCCCUGAACAAGCCCGUGCACAGAUUUGCUCUUCUGCUGAUCUCGUCUCCCCCGCUCAAAUCCUCGCCGGUCUCGUCGAAAAUGCCCUCGAUGCAGAUGCUACGUCCAUCAAGAUCCACGUGAAUUUACGAACAGGUUACUUCAUGGUACAAGAUGAUGGCUUGGGCAUCAGUGAAGCGGAUUUUGCCGAGGAUGCCUUCAUAGGUCAGCCGUAUUGUUCUUCAAAGUCGGAUGUCACAUCGGGGAUGUACGGCCGGUGCGGUCGCUUCUUAGCCCAUCUAUCUACCCUAUCACUGUUGUCUAUCAGGUCACGAUGUCCUCAUGACUCCGGGCAUCAUCGACUCGUCCUUCAGCGCGGCCAAGUCAUGCUCCGACGACUUCGAAUUCAAGACGACGAGUUUCAAGGAUAUGGCACAAAUGUCCAAGUUUAUGGUCUUUUCGCACACUUGCCAGUUCGCUCCAGACAAAAUAUCAACAAGUAUAGCUCACCGAAGGAAGUGCAAAAGGAUUUCGACAAUUUGAAGAAGCUGCUCGUGCGAUAUCUAUUGGCUCGACCCCGGAAAGUGAAUGUGGAUUUCUCUGCCCAAGACUGCUCUCAACGCUUCAAGUACCACUGUCCAACAAUGGCACCUCAAGGAGACAACAACGUGCUGGAAGACAUCGUCUCCAUUCUUCGCCAGGCCAACCUUGCCCCUAGACUAGAUGCCAGCUCUUGGAACGUCGCCACGCUACGAAUGAACCAGUGCUCUAUUUGGGCGGCAUUUUCGCUGGAUCCUUCGCCUUCCAAAUCCAAUCAGUUUAUAUCCCUUGGAAUAGUUCCAGUCGAUCCGUCUCUUGGCGGCAAAUGGCUAUACGAUCAGGUCAAUGACAUGUUUGACAAAUCAACUUAUAGCGAUGCCCAAUUGUCGCUUGAGUCUUCAUCAGCUGAAGAUGACUCACCUCAAUCACGAGGCCGUUCAGGAAACAAGAUUGACCGAUGGCCAAUGUUCAGUAUCUGUAUCGAUAUUCAAACAGCUGAGUCACAGGGUCGUGUGCAACCGGAACUGUUAUCUACCAGAACUACGAGCAUGCAGCUAUUAUCUCAGGCUUUGAUUCAGCUGGUCUCACAAUUUCUCGAUUCUCACGGGCUCAAAACAAAACCAACCCGCCGAAAUCUAGACUGGACGACGAAAACAUCGCCGCAACCACAAGGCCGUCUGUACUCCCCAACAUCGGAAACCCCCGCUCAUAGGCGUUUCCAUCCCCAUCUGCAACAUUGGCACCGAGUCAAAAGUGGCCGGCACUUAAGUCAGGAGCGGGGAGAUCAUGGACUCCCUUUCACCAAACGUGCCGAUUUUCCCGCCUCACCAGGACUAGCAGUCCAGAAACAGACGAGCAACAAUCCUGAAAAGGCGAAUGAGGCUAUUGGAACAAUACCUCUGCAUCCGACGACUCACGAAACCAAUCACUGUCUUAGUGAUGAUCAAGCUGCUGGAGUCGAUGACUCUGCUAUUAGCUGGACAGAUCCCCAAACGAAUCAGUCGACCCGAGUUUGUUCUCGUACUGGGCGGACGCUUGACUCGACCACAACUCUUACUACAACUGGUAGGGAUCAUGGAGGCCCAAGCACAGUUGUUCCGCGUCAACGUGGCAACAAGAGGUCCCGAACCAAUUAUGAAAUUUCAACCAUAUUGAGGCAGUGGAGUAACCAGCAAGGAAACGUUGAGAGUCCUAUUCAACAGCUUACAGAGAGGUGCGUUGAUGAGAGUACAUGGAAUUCGCACUGUGGGCUGCAUGCUUCAUCCGGCUCAGUCAAACAAGUUCCUAGAGCCAGCUUGUCUUGUGCAGAGGUCCUUGGUCAGGUGGAUCGAAAGUUCCUUCUGGCAGUAACCCCCAGCAGAGGCUCGCAUGGGCAAACCGCUGGAGAGCACCUGAGUCUCUUGGUUAUAGACCAGCACGCGGCCGAUGAAAGAGUAAAACUGGAAAAGCUGUGUCACGAGUUUUUUGCGUCGACUCCAGUGACACUCGCAAAGCCUCUUGUCUUUGAGGUGGAUCAAAUUGAAGCGGAGCUUUUCAAAAAUGCCCGGGACUACUUUGGAGUGUGGCAUAUAUGCUACAGCGUGGAGCGGGUUGAUAAAACCCUGGACGGCACGAUAUUCAACGUAACAACUUCUACGCUCCCAAUGUCGAUCGCCGAACGUUGUCGAGCCGAGCCGGGUGUGUUAAUAGAGCUUCUUCGCGGCGAGGUUUGGAAGGAAGACGCGAAUUACGACAAAGCUACAUCAAUAGAUUCAUCGGGAUCCAAGAGCGGAUCAUGGAUCUCGUUUGCGGCUCAGUGCCCUCCUGGUAUACUUGAGCUACUCAAAUCACGCUCAUGUCGCACGGCAAUUAUGUUUAACGAUAUCUUGGAUAAAGAGCAGGGGCAGCAACUUGUUGAUGCGUUAUCACGGUGUGACUUGCCGUUUCAGUGCGCUCACGGGAGGCCCACCAUGGCUAUUGUCGCAGAAUUGGAUAGCAAGCAGGGCGGAAGCCUGGAUGAUUGGAUCGAUGGUUGUGGAGAAGAGAGUGUUGGAUUUGGGGUGGCAUGGCAAGGUUGGAAAGAAGAAGAUUCGCGGGAUUAAUGCAUUAAUAAUCGGUACGGUGAUGAUAGACGUACCUAGUACCUGUGGAGUAGUACUCCUA